CUCCCACACUCCCACUCAGGACACACUUCAAGCCACCAUUAUUGCACCACUCAUUAUUGACACUCACCCACCUCCCCUCUCUCCCGAUCUCCUUGUUUAAUACGACCCAAACUAAAUCCCUCACCCCCCCACCACCUCCCUCCUCCUCUCCCAUGGCGAGCACCACCACCUCUUCCUCCUCGAAAACCCUAGUGCUCGCCUUCGCCGUUGUCGUCGUCCUCGUCUCCUCCUUCCCCAUGGUCGCGCUCUCCGACCUCUCGGGCGACCGCAGCGAGUGCGCGAACCAGCUGGUGGGGCUGGCGCCGUGCCUCGCCUACGUCGAGGGAAACGCGCGAUCGCCCACCCCGGAUUGCUGCGACGGGCUCAAGCAGGUGCUCGCGAAGAGCCCCAAGUGCCUCUGCGUCCUCGUCAAGGACCGCGACGACCCCCAGCUCGGGCUCAAGCUCAACGUCUCCCUCGCUCUCUCCCUCCCCGCCGCGUGCAGCGCCCCCGCCAACAUCUCCGCGUGCCCCAAGCUCCUAAACCUACCGCCUAACUCCACGGAUGCGGCGAUCUUCAAGCAGGGUGGAAGUGCGAGCACUGCGCCUCCAGCAAAAGGGAACACCCCGAGCAGUUCCGGAAGUGCGCAGGAAAGCAGCGGUGGAAGCAGCAGUUUUCUAAGAGGAAGCAGUUGGGUUUCUGUAGUGGAGCUGGUUGUGGGAUGCACCACUCUUCUUUUCCUGGUGCUUCCUUUUCAUAGUUUCAUGCCUUGACUCGGGUGCAAAGCGCUUUUGGAGUUGUUCUCUCCCUUCCCCCCUUUGCUGGACGUGCAACGUUUUUAUUUGGUGUCUGUUUCGUGUCAGCAGUCACAUGCCCUCAUUAAAAGCAUCUGGAAUCUCUCCCUUUCCCUCUCUCUCUUUUAAAAAUGUUCAUCUUUGUAUCGUUUUCUUUUUUGCCUCUUUUAUUUAUUGAUAUAUGGUAAAAGAUGUUGGAAUCUUUGUUGUGAGAAAUUGGUGUUUUUUAUAUUUUGUGGUUGGACGAGAUUAACUGAGUAUCAGGCUAGGGGCUUCUGCUAAA